GAAUGCRCGCUUGUCAUUAUCAUUCUUCGGCCGCUGUGUAUCGAAACUUUACGUCACAAGAUUGGACCAGGCGCGCAGUUUAUCAUCACAGACUCGAGGCGCAAUGGAUGGAAACAAACGUCGUACAUCUGACACAACGAUUCUCCAAGAAACCCAAGUUCUUGCCAGACUUCUUAAAAUCAAAGAUACGAAAUUAUCAAAUGCUAUUCUCAAGCAAAAUGUUCGCGAACAAAACAAGCUUGGAAGUCAACUUGAUGUAAUAUCGCAACAUCAAAAGAAAUACCAGUUUGACUUAACGUGGAAAAAACAACUUCUUCUGAAAAAGCAAAAAGAUUUGAUGGUGAAGAGUAAAUCGAUAGCAUCUCUAUCUAUUCCUGCUGUGACGCCAAGUCGCUGUGGCAUGCUUCCGCCAAUUGAACAAAAAGAAGAAAGAGCUACUCCGUCUACAGUAUCGACGCACUCCAAAAACUUCGACAACAAUAACAGUAUGACGAUGGAGCCCACAAUUCAAGUAAGGAUAACUCAUAAAACCGCAACAAAAACUGUGGAAUGUAAUUCAAAUUCAGAUGGAAAACRUGUGUCUUUUUCAAAAGACACGUCUAAUGAAAGAGCACUGCUACGAUGGAGGAAUGCGAUAAACAAAGCUAGAAAACAUGCGCGCAAACCAAUUUUACUAAGUCCUCUUUUACGCGAUGGGAGGUACUUCAACAGUGAUGGGACGAAGGAUCCAAGGUUUGCGCGCCUUGUUGAACAAUUAGUUCCAAAUAUUGGACGUAAACACAGCGAGAAAGACGAUGUUUCAGAUGACGAAGACAAUUCAUCCUCUGUUGAUUCUUUAUAAAGAAUUUAGAUUAGCUAGAGCCAAAGCUAGUGGRUAAUGAACUAUUGUGUUGAGUUAUUGACAACUACAAUUAAGUUKUAUAACAUCAAUGAAAACGUCUUUGUUCUUUGUUUUGCUAAGCUUGGUGAGCAAUUAGCUAUACAAAUUCAGCGUUUGGUCACUAAUAACGGUAUUAUUUACUAAAUACACUUUUAUGGUCAAAGGACUCAUUUGGAUUUGCAUAUCCAUGAAAACACAGAGAGUAGAAAAUCUAUUUACGUUGACGUAUGUAUUUUACUUUUAAUUUUAAGUGAAUGAAAGUUGGAAGUUGCAUGAAACSUAACUGAGAAACUGAAAAAACACACGUGCAAGUUUUGUUGCCAUACUGACAUUUAGAU